GCGCCGGAAAUUCCAUGAAGCACCGAAACAUCUCGUAGCAGCAAAACAGUGGGCUCCAGCUGUAGCCGAAGGCUGCAAGGAAGGUAGCACACAAACCAUGACCAUUGCCAGUCAUAUUCCAUAUUUUAUGGUUAGACAACGUUUAAUAACAUCCAACCGGUAGAACCCUCACGUAAGGUUUACAUCAUUAGCUAGCGAGUGCUCAUUCUUGCAUGGCCUUCCAAACUAGCAAGAAAAACGUUAGUUAGAGCUAGCUAGUUAGCUGUUAAAUAUAACCCAGGACGGUAAUCUCCUUGAUCGAGCUAGCGCUACCGUGCUGUGCACCGGGAGGUGGGGAGGGUUACCCGUGUCUCGCUAAUGUCCGGGAUGGACACCUGGACUCCAAAUCCCCGAGCGAAACCUUUCAUUCCCCGCCAGCAACGGAGCCUGUACCUCACCUGGAAAUACAAACUCACUAACAAGAGAGCCAUCCGCCGAUUCUGCCAGGCUGGAGCUGUUCUGUUUCUGCUGGUCACAGUAAUCGUCAACAUUAAACUUAUUUUAGACACAAGGAGGGUAGCAAAUGAGGAGGAGGCAGCACAGGAGUAUGAGGAUGUCCUUCCCAACAUGGAGACCCCUCGGAGGCCGGCUAGCGGACGCAAGGCCCUGGACAUCGAGGUCUACUCCAGCCGCUCCAAGGUCUACGUGGCCGUAGACGGAACCACAGUCCUGGAGGAUGACAUGCGUGAGCAGGGUCGGGGGAUUCAUGUCAUCGUCCUCAACCAGGCCACCGGACACGUGAUGGCCAAGAGGAUCUUCGACACGUACUCUCCUCACGAGGACGAAGCCAUGAUCCUGUUCCUCAACAUGGUGACCAGAGGCAGGGUCCUCAUCUUCACCAUCAAGGAUGAGGGCACGUUCCACCUGAAAGAAGCAGCCAAGAACCUGCUGAAGGGACUCGGGAGUCAGGUGUCCCUCAACCUCAGCUGGAGAGACACCUGGACCCUGGUGGUGAAGAAAGGAGGUCAGGUGUAUGGUGAGAAGCAUUCUAAGUCUCCUGCUCUGUCUACAUGGGGAGACCCUGUACUGCUGAAGACUGAGGUGCAGCUAACCGCCUCUGAAGAGGCAGAGUGUCACUGGGCUGACACAGACAGGAACCGAAGGCGGAAGAUCUUCUGCAGUAAAGUAGAGGGUUACGGCAGCAUCUGCAGCUGUAAGGACCCGGCGCCCAUCCAGUUCAACCCUGACCCGCUGCCCGUCAAUAACGUGAUGAACGUCCCCGUGGCGGUCAUCGCAGGAAACAGACCCAACUACCUGUACAGGAUGCUGAGGUCUCUGCUGUCGGCUCACGGAGUCAACCCUCAGAUGAUAACCGUUUUCAUCGAUGGAUACUAUGAGGAGCCUAUGGACGUUGUGGAGCUGUUUGGGCUGAAGGGGAUCCAACACACUCCCAUUAGCAUCAAGAAUGCCCGGGUGUCCCAGCACUACAAAGCCAGCCUUACGGCCACCUUCAACCUGCACCCUGAUGCCAACUAUGCCAUAGUGCUGGAGGAAGAUCUAGAUGUUUCUAUUGACUUCUUCAGUUUUCUGAGUCAGACUGUGCAUCUGCUGGAUGAGGAUGACAGCCUGUACUGUGUGUCUGCCUGGAACGAUCAGGGCUACGAGCACACAGCAGAGGACCCAGCACUGCUGUACAGGGUGGAGAGCAUGCCUGGCCUGGGCUGGGUGCUCAAGAAGAGCCUCUACAAGGACGAGCUGGAGCCCAAGUGGCCCACGCCAGAGAAGCUGUGGGACUGGGACAUGUGGAUGCGUAUGCCAGAGCAGAGGAAAGACAGGGAAUGUGUGAUUCCAGACGUGUCUCGCUCUUACCACUUCGGCAUCAUCGGACUCAACAUGAAUGGAUACUUCCACGAGGUCUACUUCAAGAAGCACAAGUUCAACACGGUUCCCAAGGUCCAGCUGAAGAACGUUGACGGUUUGAAGAAGGAAGCGUACGAGCUGGAGAUUCAGAACCUGUUCAAGGAGGCGGAGGUGUUGGACCACACCAAGGACCCGUGUGAGGACUCGUUCAUCCCGGACGGCGAGGGGCGGACCUACGUCAUGUACAUCAGGAUGGGGCAGGACACGGACAUCUCCACCUGGACGCAGCUCGCCAAGUGCCUUCACGUGUGGGACCUGGAUGUGCGGGGGUACCACAGCGGCCUGUGGCGACUGUUCAGGAAGAGGAACCACGUUCUGGUAGUGGCGGUGCCCAUCUCUCCCUACUCCGUGAAGAAGCCAGCUCAUAUCACUCCCAUCCACCUGGAGGCUCCACCCAAAGAGGAAGGGGCCCCAGUGGACCAGAUGUAGAAGGAGCCGCCCUCCUCCCCACACCUUGCCCCCUCGGAAACAGACCUCCAGCCGAGCCUUAAACGCCCCUGUCCGUCCCGCCUCCCACCACCAAGGGGCACCACCGCCUGGAUGGAUAGUGGAGCAGUGGUGCAGAUGCUUCUGGGAUCUGUAGUUUUUUUUUUUGUAGUGGUAUUUUAGUUUUCUUCUUUUAACACUGAACUACUGAUCCCGUGCCAUUUCCUGUGCUUCACGGGAGGAAGAUGUCAACCUGCAGGGCCAGUGCUGCAGGGCCAGUCCACUUGUGGACGCUAUUCUCCAGACAAUAGCAGGGAGAGAGGCAUGGAUGGAAGGGGGAGAUCUGGGUGAAACACCCGAUCUGUGUCUCCCUGACAACGGUUGGCCGAAGUGAAGGAAGGAAGGAAGGGGCGAGGGAGGGAGAGAGAGAGACGAGAGGAGAGGAGAGGAGGGAGGGAGCGAGAGGAGGGAGGGGAUGAAGAAAGGAUGAUGUUCUAGCCGUCCUGAACUGACACACAGGAACAUCAUACUUCAUACCUGCUUGUGUUAGAACUACUGAGUGCUUCGUCCAUCCUGUACAUACAUUUUUAACUGAAGUCUAUUUAUUUAACUGCCAUCGCCUAGUCCCGAGAUUUGAGCUUUCAUCCACUCAGAUAAGUGCAUCUUUUUGAAGCCUAACAUUGUUUACAGAUAUCAAAUAAUACUAAUGUGUAUAUAGAUACAUAUAUAUAUUUUUGAUGAAAAAGAGUCCGCUUAUUUUUCAGCAUUAACGACUGAGGAGGCGUUGGUCUGUUCUUGAGGGGAUUAUUUUGCGGUGUUCUGUUGGUUCCAGGUCACAUGACCAUGGUACAAAACACUCCCUAACUGAAACACCCCCCUAGUGUUCUCAGUUUAGUGCUGUUACGCACAUGACGUCUCAGAGAUAAAGAGCGGGCAUGUUGAACACCACAGUGUCAGCGUCACUACAGUGUCACUACAGUGUCAGCGUGACUACAGUGUCAGUGUCACUACAGUGUCAGUGUCACUACAGUGUCAGCGUGACUACAGUGUCAGCGUCACUACAGUGUCAGCGUCACUACAGUGUCAGCGUCACUACAGUGGCCAGCGCCCCUACAGUGUCACUACAGAGUCAGCGUCACUACAGUGUCAGCGUCACUACAGUGUCAGCGUCACUACAGUGGCCAUCGUCACUACAGUGGCCAGCGUCCCUACAGUGUCACUACAGUGGCCAGUGUCACUACAGUGGCCAGCGUCACUACAGUGUCAGCGUCACUACAGUGUCAGUGACACUACAUUUCAUCAGGUUAAGGAUUCGAUAUUCCUGGAUCUCUGUUUGCAAAGCAGUUAUAACAAUGGUUGGUUGGUCGAUUUUUUUAUGUUUUGUGUGUGCUCAUGCAUGUUUUUUUAUUAUGUACCGUACUGUCGAUUCAAAACUUAGUAAUAUUAAAUUUCUGUGUAAACCACUAGUUAUUUUGAACCCAGUCAGUUGUGGAACACAAAACA